AUUUUGCUGACUUUCACAUUGCUGACAGUCUAUCCUCGUGACUGGGGCAGCCUAUAUAAACAUUUCCUGUAUCUGUCGGGAUCUUGCGUCAUUUGAGGUUUUUUGGAGGUGUGCGAUGCGUUCAUGGUCCCUGUGAAGCCCUGCCUUCAGAUGAGAUACAGCCAUCUGCCGGAUUACAGCAGAUACGCAGCUCCUUUGCUGUCUGAAUGAGGAAAACACCGUGUCUGCUGUCUGAAAACUGUCACAUGGGGCCGAGGAGGAGGAAAAUUCGCUUCCUGAAAUGAUCCUCGUCACUGGUCGUGUUUUAUUUUUUUAUUUUUUUAAUCUCACGUAAUAAUAUAACAUCGCGUUCAAUUCCCCAUCCGGAUCUCUGCGCUCAGCGUCUCCGCGGAUGAUGAUCAGUAAAGUUAAAAACGCCAUGUCCACUCUGGUGGGAGGGAUGGUGCCGCACGGACACCACCACCACCACCACAACCAUCACUCAGGUGGCGGCCAGACCUGCGGACCGGACAGCCUGCCGCCGCGCUUCCCUUACGGCCGCCCGGAUUUCUUGGACCUCACCCCGGAGCUGCUGCAGUACUCCACCGAGCACGCGUCACGGCCAGUGCUCACGUUAAAGAGAGACAGGAGGCUGCCCUGGGGGACGGGAUACGCAGAGGUGAUCAAUGCGGGGAAGAGCAUGCUGAACGAGGACCAGGCCUCCUGUGAGAAGCUGUUCGUGAAGAAGCCGAGCGGCAAACACAAAAAUUCCACUCUGCAGGAGGACAACGGGGAUGGAACAGGAAUCCCUCUCCACUUCUGGGGCGUGUUUGAUGGACAUGCAGGCUCUGGAGCUGCCAUCAUGGCCUCCAAGCUCCUCCACCUCCUCAUCCGAGAUCGUCUGGGGGAAGUCUGCCACCUGCUGGAGAACCCCAACAAUGCACCUCCUAUUUGCCUGGCCAAAAAUGGCAGCCCGUACCAAGCGGACUCAAAGAAAGGAGCUGCGCAGGAACCUGAAGAUUCGGAUGCUGUCAACGACUCAACAGUUCGCUUUCACAUGGAGAAGGUGGUGAGCCUGCAGAGCCUGGUGAUGGGAGUCAUAGAGACGGCCUUCUCACAGAUGGAUGACCUCAUUGAAAAGGAAAAAUCAUCAUAUGCCAUCUCUGGUGGCUGCUGUGCCUUAGCUGCUAUGUGUCUAAUGGGGAAACUCUACGUCGCCAAUGCUGGAGAUAGCAGGGCCAUAAUCAUAAGAAAUAAUGAAGUUGUUCCCAUGACGAAUGAAUUCACACCUGAGUCGGAGAGGCAGCGGCUGCAGUACCUGGGCUUCCUGAGGCCAGAGCUCCUGGGAAACGAGUUCACUCACAUUGAGUUCCCUCGUAGGAUCCAGCACAGCGAGCUGGGCAAAAAGAUGCUCUACAGAGACCACACCAUGACUGGAUGGGCUUACAAAACCAUUGUGGAAGACGACCUGAAAUUCCCCCUCAUAUACGGAGAGGGUAAGAAGGCACGUGUCAUGGCGACGAUCGGAGUCACCCGGGGGCUGGGAGAUCAUGACCUGAAGGUUUACAACUCCAACAUUUACAUCAAGCCAUUCCUCUCCUGUGUCCCAGAGGUGAAGGUUUAUGACAUGGAUGACAACAAACAUGGCCCAGACGACGUCUUGGUAAUGGGCACAGAUGGAUUGUGGGAUGUAACGACAGACAGGGAUGUGGCAGAUGCUGUGACAGCCUACUUAUCAUGCUGUGACCCUGCUGAUCCCAUGAGGUACACACUGGCAGCCCAGGACCUGCUGAUGAGGUCUCGAGGAGUCCUCAAGGAGCGUGGCUGGCGGCUACCCAAUGAGAGACUGGGCUCGGGCGAUGACAUUACCGUGUUUGUCAUCCCUCUGGCGGGUUACGAGUCAGAGACAUGACAAGGUCCUGCUAUCGCUGACUCUUAAGGGUCCUCUUGUGGUCCCUCCGAGCUCCCGAACCCCUGCUCAGAGAAGGUGGCGGGAGACAACAGCAAAAAGAAAAAACUCUGGUUCAAGCAGCAACCUUCAUCAACCCCACCAGACUGAAUGAGUUCCAGCCGCUUUACUCCAACCCUGUCAUGUAACAAAAGACUUUCAGUGACAUUUUAAGAGGAGUCACUGUCUUUUUCCUGGACCUGCUGUUUGUGAUGGUUGCCAGUGAGAAUUAAACCCCUCCAGUAUUUUUGUUUUUCUGUUCGUGUUCAAGGCCGGAUAGCUUCUCGACCCUUUGAAUGGAUUUUUCAUUUCCACUGCUCAGUUUGUAGGGCAUGUUUCAUUGUUCAAUGCCCUAAAUAUUUCUCCUCUUGAUAAAAAAAAAUGUUUAAAAGAAAUGAUACAUAUCAGAAAGGGGAUCACAGAACAGAAUGUGAACCAUAGAAAAGCUGUUUUGGCAUAAGGAUGGAAAUAUCUAAAAACAAAUGCACACAAAAACCAUAAAACAAAACAAAACCCAUACGAUUUAUGUCUGUACAUUGAAAAAAGCAUGCAAUAUGUGUAAAAACAGAGGAAUGGACCUUGACGAUUUUUUCCAAGAAAAACUGCCUAAUCACACCUUCAUGUGCUGUGGUUGGGUCAAAGGCCAAUUGGUCAAAAACAGGAUUUCAGCCCACAAGAGUUUUGAACGUGUCGACUACCCUAAAAACAUAAUCAUCUCCUAAACUUGACAAAGUACUUAUCGUACCUAAAUAUCCAAAAGAAGGUUAAUCUAACUAAAAACUGGGUAAGUUUGAGGCACAAACUAUGCUUGUUUAUCUUAAGGGAAAGAUCUUGGUUUGGACUGAAACGCUUCUUUUCUUAUGCCUGUUGAAGACUGCACUGGUUCCCCUGUUGCACCGCUCUGUGAAUGUUAGUAUCACCAAGGUGUAAAAGUAGGGCCCAGUUGUUCCACUGCUGAGAGGCUGCACCGUUGUCUGUAAAGAGACGGACAACACAUCCCCACCUUCACUCAACAAAGUGAAGCCAAAAUGUCCUCCAUGGCACUCUGCUGUGCAUUUGGAGCCAGAGUCUGUGCAAUAGAGAUCCACUUCCAGAGCUGCAAUAUUGAGGUCCUGCCCCCUCCAUUAACCUAAACACACACUUCACAAACUGAAGUUCGCUCAGGUCAUCGUAGUCUAAAGCUGAACAGCUUCGUAAAGCAGUUUAAAACAGAGGCUAAAAUCAAUGACUGCUGUGUUAGUGUUUGUUACAGCUCCUCUCGUUCUUCCUCUACACUGCUGAGUGUAGCAGGAGGUGCAUUUGUCAACAGAGCUGUCAAUCAUGGUAAAAUGAUACACCCCAUUUUAAUUGUAUCAAAUUACUGAUUAAAAUAAACUUCUCUGAACCUAUAAAAAUGAACACUGAGGCAUACAUCAGCAUGAUAAGAACUACAAAUGAUGACUAUAUUAUGUUGUGGAAAAAUAUCUUUGAUGUAUUUGGAUUUUAAUGUUUGACCCAUGUCCCAUCUGUUAACAUGGAGGUGAAGAUUAUGACCUGUACUGCAGCUCAUCAGUAGGGGGAGCUGUAAAUCUUUUGGUUUCAGUUUUGGAGGUUUCGUCCAUCUUUUAUAUAGUCUAUGGUACGAGCACUAAUUGGUUAGUUUGAGGGAAAGAUAAUGGAUUGGGCUGAAAAAGCAACUCAGCUGGCUUUGUCGUGAGAGCAAAAAACAAGAAUUUUAGGCCACGAGAAUUAGCCAAUCACAGCACAGGAGGGAGGGAUUUUGGGUAGCUAGUUUUGGGAAAGAAAAAACCUUUUACCCUGGGUACCCAGGACCCGGACAGAAUCAGCUGACUCUGUGUUGCUGUAUUUCCUUUCUUAAUGAUGUUUGAAUGAAGACACCUUAGGCACUGUUGCACAUGCUCUGUUGAAGUCUGUUGAUUUGUCACAUUUUUUUAUUGAAUGUACUUUUAUAUUAUUUUAUUGUUUUCAUUUUCAAACAGAAAAUAGAGGGUUUGGGCACAAGCACACAUGAGCCAGUGCAGGUAGAUUGUUGACUUACCACUGCCUGUCAUGGUGUGAUUCUUAUCUUGUUGUGCUGAAUGUGGACGGGCCAAAUGAGGUCAUCAUCUCAUAUUUCUUAGCUAGUAAUUGAGGCUGCAACUUUGCCCUUCAAAGUUCACUCCAGACAAAAGCAAAAGGUAGAUUUGAACCAGUUGUCGCCUUGAAAUGGAAAGUUUUAUUUCUCUUUCUUGCUCCCAUAAGAUGGAAGAGAAAGAAUGUUUUAAAUUGAAAUGUUGUGACCACACGAUAAGAUGAUAGCAAGAUAGCAAGCUAGCAUCAGAAAGUUUCAGUUUUCUCAAUGAAGACAUACAAUUGAAACGAUAUUACCGCAGUGGUGUGCUGUAACACCAGUCUUUGUUAAUCUGUAUAAUAUUUUUCUCUCUGCCUGCUUUUGUUAGCUUGCUUGCUUCGAGAGUAUAGCUUCAUUGCACAGAUUCCUAACUGGAGAUGCUUACUAGCAAACAUCAGUUUUCCAUUGAAUGUUUUAAACUGCUCCACUUUUCAGCCAACAAGCUAAGUGGUGUCCUGUUUGUUUAAGAAAAAACUCACCCUGGUUCUUUUUUUUUUUUUUAAGUUUUGCACUCUCCUGUUUCAUUUACUGAAUGACAAAUCACACAAACUCUAUUUUACCCUCUCUCGCUGCUGUCGCUAGCUUGUAAUUAAUCUGGACAAUGUUUUCCUCUUGAUCUGUCAUAGUAUCUGUCAUAGCUUGCUGUAUGUUAAAAAAAGAGCUGUUAUACUUGUUAUCAGUAAAUAAUCUGAAGGAAUAUGAUCAUUGUGUAAUUUAAUGCUUUUUUUCUUGAUUUUAUCCCGAGAGGAGAGAGUAGCCUGAUGUCAAUAAAUGUCUCGGUAUAGUAAGAUGUGAUAAGUGUCACACAUAUGCCUUAUUAAGAGCUGUAAGGGACUUCAUUUUUCCUCCCAGAUGCACUAAAUCUGAUCAUUUUACAAAUGGCUUAGAACAAUGUAUGCCAUACAAUGUACGCUAUACCUCUUUUGUACCAUUUCUUUGUUAUGUCAUGUUGUUAUUUAGAUUAUCCAUAUAUUUUUAAAGACAACUUUAGUUGUUUACAAUAUCAGAAGUUUAAUUUUUUAUGUUUCUAUCCAUUGCUGUUUGAGAUGGUGGUGUCCUAGACUACGAGCCUUUAAAAUGUGAGGUAGAAGGAUGACAUGUACAAGUUUAGAAAUAAAUCAGAUUUUUUCCCA